AUGGACAGUACGUGCGUAUGCAGAAGCUGGUUCAAGAAGAUGCCCGCAAAGUCGGGUGGGGUGGUACCAUCCUUGCUUCAAAACAUGAAGAUGCUCAUCCUGGCAAUGCUUUGCUGGGGCCACAUCGCCGACGGUCAUGACGAACAGUGCAACCGCGGAGACGACACCUUGCUCCGCAUCGUGAUCUCAGCCACUCGAAGUGGUUCCACUGCAUUGCUGCAUAGCUUUGCAAACAAUCCGUCAGUUGACGUGGCCUUCCACCAGCCAAUCAAGUCAGGAUAUCGCGAGAACGGGACUUUCUCGUAUGAGGUCUUCAAGGAGGAGAGCUGCAUGUCUGGGGAAGGGCAGCGCGUAUGGGUAGCCAAAGAAACUAUCGGUGGCUUCGAACUGCCUGAGGCUUCCUUCUCACCUUUGCCUCAUACCGCCUCUACGCUGGAUAGCGUGACGUUGGGCCCUUGGGUGGUAUCAUUAAAAGCCCUCCAUCGUCUGAAGCCAUUGGUCUUGAUCCGUGAUCCAUUGCAGGUGUGGAACUCUAUCUCAAAGCUCAACAAGUACUCGGAAGGCAAGUCAAAGUACUACUCGCCCUUCGACUACUUCGUCAAGAGUUACAUGGCUGUUGCGGAGUUUCUCUUUGCAGCAAAAGAAAAUGGUCUACCAGUUUUCGCAGUGACCCAGGAAAUGCUGGCUGCUAACCCGCAAGAGAUCCUAUCACGCAUCUGCGACCUUUGGGGCAUCCCUUACUUCAAAAGCAUGGUGCACUGGACCGAGCCGUAUGGAUCCAAGACUUGGUUCAGCGACGAGGCUCUAGAACGCUUCAGGAGCGAUCCACGCUUUCAGCUUUCGAAGGCCGUGCUGACGAACUCGACUCACUACGACUAUCGCCCGUCCAACCCUGACGUGUUGCCUGAGCACGAAGAGGUCAUUGAGAAGCAGUUGCGCCCCCUCUUUACAAAAUCAACUGCCAUGGGUUUGGCCGACUUUGGUGGCUGA